AUGGAAUGGAGAAAAGGUGAGGCAGUAAUGGAGGAAUUUAUACCAACUGAAUGUGAUUUUUGGUUGCAGAGUUGCCAAGGAGAGGAUGGGAUUUUGUGUAAUCUGAAUAAACCAAUGAAGGAAGAGAAUGGACUUAUCCCAGUUGAAGCGCUCUCACUGUCAAUUCCUAUGGCUAAAGAUAAGUAUUCUUACGUUUACUCUUUCUACCCUAUGGAUUUCGCUUUCAAGCAACGACAGCUGAGCAGCAGAAAUCCAAUGAAUGCAAUCCACUGGGCUGAAAUGAUGAUUUGGAUCCUAAAAUUUAUGAGAACUGCAUUGUCGAGGAAGAAAAUAAAAAGAAAGAGGAAACAUCAGAACUUAAAGAAGAGAAUUGGAGGAGAACGAGAGGCCUCGUUGAUUGCCUUCAGAUGUCUCCUAUUAAAUAGUGAUGUUACGUGUCGUGAAGAAGAUGAAGAGUUAGAUGGAAUAGAAGGGAGGAAGGUGUUAAUGGUGGUGAUUUUUGACAGAAUCGCCUUCAUCUUCAUCAGUGAGGGUUAG